UUUGGUGUGUUUNUCGUGUUUUUGUUCUUUGGAUUUGGCUUUAAUUCUUUGGUGACAUUUGGUUGGAUUUAUUUGCGUAUUUUUGGCUAAUUUUUCGGAUCUCGCUGACUUGUGUAAGUGAUUGAUUCUCUGUGUUUCUUUUUUGGAUUCUAAUUUUAGGGUUUUUGAUUUAGACUUACUCAUAGCUUCCACAAAUUUCGCAGAUUGAACCGAAUCCGUGUCCAUUGGUUUUGUGCGGUUGUGUUUUUUCAGUCACUGUGAUUAAUUAGUUCCAAAACUCAUUUUGUGGAAGCUAAAAAGUUGAUGCGUUAUAAUGGAGGAUUGUUUUAUUGGAAGGUUUUCUUAAGGAACUAGGAGAAGUUCAGGAUUUCAAUCUGAACUUUGACAUUCUUGUGUUGUGGUGAUCGUAUUAUUGUUUGGAAAUGAAAAUCCCAGAAUGCAUUCUCUAUCGGGUAACUUUUGGGUAUCUGUGUUUUAUUCCUGCAGUUUCGAAGAUGCUCUUUUGUGUUGUUCGUUAAGUGUUCUUAUUCAUUCUGUGCUUGAGUUCUUUUCUGAACUCUGAAGCACAUUAGUCUUUAUUCUAUUCUAGCUCGAAAAGGUUCGUAUUGUUAUUUUGGAUUCGAGCUUUUUUAUCGAAUGUUAUUGCAUUGACAAUAUUGGUUGGUUCUCUAUAGUUUGUGGGUAGAUUUUUGUAUGUUGAAAUGUCCUUGGCCUUAUAAUCUUAUCUUAUGAUAACUCUGUUCUGUUUAUCAUGAAUUUAGACACAAUACAGUUUUGGUAUUUUUUUGAGAGGCAUGGUGCUGGGGUUAUUCUCAGAGUUCUAAUUUUGAAGAGCUUUGGGAACUCGUGUGGCGACGUCAUAAAAACCUGAGUCUUGGUCCUUCUCCAGCAUGGGGUCUGUUUGUUGUGUUGCUGCUAGGGACAAGACUAUAGUUAGUGGAUCUGGAAGUGAAACCUUAUGUAGGAAUAUAAGGUAUUCGCCUAAUUGGAGCUUUCGAUGGGAUAAUCGUGGACGGGUAGCAGGUGAAGAGACUUCGAUAAGUUGGUUUUCUGAUAGUGUUAGCCGCAAUGAUAGAGUGGAACCGAAGUGUGAGUCAGCAUAUGCGUCUGAGGAUGGAAGUCCACUUGAACAUCUCCGUAGACGACGUACAUGGCAAAAGUCCCCACCGCCAGAAGGCACAACUAAUAGUUUAAGAACUCCUAGUUCAGGUCAAUCAAAUUCAAGGAAUUUAUCGAUAGAUGUGAGUCUAGAACAGGUGAAGGAGGCUACAGAAUCUCCCGCAGCUUCAUAUAAGUCUCCGGCAAAUUUGUCACUUUCAUUGCCUUCAGCUUCAUCUUUGUCAACAUCUCCUUUGUCAUCGCAGAGUUAUCUGCCUCCAACUAAUUCAUCCCUAACAAGGUGUUCCCAUCGAUCUCCAGGACAUCAGCUGUUGCGUCAAGUUUCUGACGGCCGAAUCCGAGGAUUAAAAUCCCCAAGUAGCUAUUUAGCUUUCGACGAUAGACCAAGGCUUCCCUCUUGGAGCAAUGAAUCGGUCCGGGAAUCACAUGGAGGGUCUUCAGAUUGUUGGUCUGUACAUGCUUUCUCAGAACUCAUGGCCACUUCUCAUAGAGAAAGGUGGUCUUUCGAUAGUGACUCGUUUGGGUUUAACGGUGAAAAAAUAGGCAGAUCUAGUAGUCAAUUUUCAACUUCCUCAGUUGAUUUGCAAACUUGCGGAGUUUGCUUGAAGCUGUUGACCGAGAAAUCCUCGUGGAGUAGCCAAAGGAUUAUUGCUAACAAUGAACUUUCUGUUGCUGCUAUACUAACCUGUGGACAUGUUUAUCAUGCCGAUUGCUUGGAGAGUAUGACACCUGAAAUUCACAAGUACGACCCCGCUUGUCCAGUUUGUACCUUCGGGGAGAAGCAUACGCAGAAGUUAUCCGAGAAGGCACUUAAAGCUGAAAUGGACUGGAAGAGUCUAUACAAGAGAUCCAAAAACUGUAUUGCAGAUAGUGGUUUUGAUGGUGAUUAUACUGCAAACGAUCCUUUCAAAAACAAUCCACGUCUUGAAAGAGGUUCCAAAAUGUCUGCCAGUUCUAGCAUGAGAAGCUCCUCAGGAAAGCCUUUCUUGAAACGGCACUUCUCCUUUGGCUCAAAGGGGUCGUCUAGAAUGAUGUCCGAUAACCACUCCACGAGAAGGAAAGGAUUCUUCUGGACAAAAUCUAGCAAAAUAUGAGAGAUUUUAACAUCCCAGUCGUGUCACAUUGGGAAGUCAUGUUUCAUGAAACAGGAACCAUCAACUUCUGUGCCUCGUCAAUGGAUACGUCGCCAUAAGAAGUUCUGUUCCCUCGUCCACUGCAGCUGACGAUUGCUGCUGCAGCUCCUUCAAUCCGGAUGCCUUCCAGAAAUUGUUUGUGAUCUUGUUGAAAGUCUCAUGAAAACAGGAAUUGCCAGUCAACUUCAUAACUCCAGUUUGAAUGUCUCUAUACAUAUCAAAGAUAUGAUAUAUAAAUGUUAAUGAGUUGAAAUUCUUUGUUUUGGAUUCUUGUUUAUACACGAUCUCAUUUGAGUAAAACUGAUUCCAAUAUAAAAUCUUCCUAUGAUCUCUGAGCUGCAUUCUUCA